AUGCACAACAAACUAACUCACCCACGCGGUGGCACAAAUCCACCACCACCAAAACCACCAAACGACGCCGUUUUCUCUUCACUCCUCCAACCCUAUAACCCCCCACACGACAACCGCAUCGCCACCGCAAUCUCUCCUCCGCCUUUCACGUUAACCUCCGUCGUCUACUCCGCGAUCUCAUGGCUUCGAAACCGUCGGAUCCGUUUCCUCUUCUUCCUCCUAUGCUCCCCGUUUCUCCUCGUCUUCCUUCUCGUCACGUCCCCGUUACUGUGCAUCACGGAAAUUUGCCUCCGACGCCGUCUCUGGAGGAAAAUCCUUAAUCGCUUCACCGGCGAAGACUCCGGCGACCGGCUUCGGCGGUGCGAGGAAGGAUGUUGCUAUGAUGAGGAAAUUGAGGAGAAGGGAUUGUUGCAUAGAUAUCUGGAGGAUCAACUCUUUCUUGUGCGAUCGAUGUAUGAGUGCGGUGAAGAUGAAGAAUUUGAAGAAGAAGAUUCUAGAAGAGUUGAAGAUAAUGGAAAUUUCUGUAGUAAUAAAAUUCCUCUCUUGAGAUGA